AUGCUAAAGAAGGCAUUCCAAAUUCUGACUGAAUCAUCAUCACCGCCCGACACAUAUUUCACUUACGGCCAACAUAUUGCCAAUGAACUCCGUAAAUAUGACCAACGAACUUUAGUUUAUGUCCAGCAAGCAAUUAACAAUGUAAUUUUUGAAGCUGAUUUGGGAAAAUACACACACUACGAAGGUAACACACACAAUUAUGGACAGACACACUACAACACUUCUCACAGCUCAACGCCUUCCCAUUCGCCGUCACCUCAGCCUUCACUUUCGUCUCCUCAGCCUCCGAUCUCGCCGCUUCAGUUUUUGAUCCCAUCACCUUCUCAUCCUCUGACCGUAGCACGUCAAACUACAAUCCAAUCUCUUCAGCCACCGACAGUAUUAUCUCCAUUACCACUACAAUCAUCAUCUUCUGAUAUUCCUUUUCGGCGACGAUGA